AUGUUCAAGCUGAACAGUCUGAAAGCCCGCAUGAACGAGCUCAUCCGACUUCACCAACAGCUAAUCAGAAGGACCGACGAGCAAGAGAACCGUGUGACGAUGACCCCCGCCGAGGAGAACAAAGUCCACGGCUUUGCGCUUACAAUCAACCCGCUAAUGGACGUCGCGCAAACGCUCGGCUUCGUGCUCGUGUGGGAGCAUAUUUUCGAGAUCAUCCGAGCAGCAAGCGGCACCUCCACACAUCGUGUUUCGCUGCUGUCGCUCCUAGUGGGUCGUCAAUACACCCUUCCCCCUCGAAGUGGUCACGGAAAUCCUAACUGA